AUGGAUCUUGCAGCUAGAAACUAUUAUUCGGGUGGCUUCACAAACCGAUUAUCAUGGAUGAGAGAAUCUCCAGCGUUCCUCAGAGCCGCCCUCGUCUCGCCGAAAGCCCGCUUCAUCCUUUUCAACGCCUUAAGACCACUCGUCAAUACUACACCAUCCUCGAACGCUUCUGUCGACAUGCCAAACCCCUUUAUAAGCAGGGCAGAUCAGAUUCAUUCGCUGGUCAAGAUAUCUUGGAACACUCUCUCAGCUGCUCUGGGUGGAUCGGCUGUAGGAAUACCAGUCACAGCGACUCAAAUAAUUGGUGAAAAGGGUGUCAUGUGGCCUCAACAGCUUGUUGACCGUACUCGCGAUACCGAACACCUGCCUCUUACACGAUAUCCAACAAUCAUCUUUUUAGGUACCGACGAGUCAACAACCGAAGGUGUCACACUUCCAUUGGAGCCUGCUAAAGACAGUGCCCAAGAUGUGGAUCAAGCCUUUGAAGAGCAUACUAUUGGCUCACCCAUGUGGGCAAUCGAUGUGACUGAAGUGCCAUCACUAGCAGACGAGGCUCUAAUCACUCAGAUAUGGCAAAAAGAACAAGAUUCUUCAGGAGUCGAGAACGCACAAGGCUUGAGGUUCAUGGAUCUCCGCACUGCUUUACUCGGAAUUUCAGAUGCGUCAAUGGCGGCACAAUCACGGUCUUUGAUUGACUGGAAUAUCCGUAAUCGUUUCUGUAGCGCUUGCGGUCGCCCUACCCAUUCUCAAUGGGUUGGAUGGAAGCUAGCCUGUACCCCUGAUGUUAAAAGGCCAUCUGAUGGUCAUCAAGAUCCGAAUGCUACAGACCUUCAUAUCAGAGCUCAAUGUCUUACCACGAAGGGUGGGGUUCAAAACUUUUGCUAUCCUCGGUCUGACCCAGUCUGUAUAAUGGCUAUCACGAACAGCACAAAUGACGCUAUCUUGCUCGGUCGGAAGAAAAUCUGGCCAGAAGGCUUUUACUCAUGUCUUGCCGGCUUUAUUGAGCCUGGCGAAUCUCUCGAAGACUCGGUGCGUCGCGAAGCCUGGGAAGAGGCUGGGGUCAAAGUUGGCCCAGUAAACUAUCACUCUACACAGCCCUGGCCAUUUCCAGGCAGUUUAAUGAUCGGCGUGUUUGGCGAGGCUGAGGCGAAUCCGAAUAUCAGAACAGAUCUUGACAAGGAACUGGAAGAUGCUCGCUUUUUCCCCCGUUCAAUCGUACGGAAGGCAGUGGAAACUAGAGAGGUGAUAACUUUGACAGAAGCAGAAAUAAUGCAAAUGGAUGAAGGCAACGCUACUUCUGACACGCCGUCCAAAAAGCCCACCACCAUCAAAUUGCGUAUUCCACCACCGACGGCGAUUGCUCAUCAACUGAUCAAGACGUGGGCGUUCGGUGACCAGGUUCCAAAACCAAUGCAAACAAUCGGGCAACGUCCUAACUUCUGA